UAUCUUUCGCUUUAUCUAUAGAUCACCUGAAAUAAGAUAUUUUUAUUAUUCUUUUUGUUAUUUGUAAUUUUUAUUCAGUCGGUCGGUUCAUUGAAUAGCUAAAAUUUUUCAGGUAGGAAGUUUUUCAGAUAUUUUUACAAAUCUAUAUAUUUAAGUUUUGUACAACUCCCGGCUUGCUUGAAGGUUGAUCACUCUUCGAUAUUUAGCCAAUUCAUCAUGACAAACUGGUCAGCACUUGGCUCCAUAAUUCUGCCAAACGUUGGAGGCUUUGCCAGUGGUAUAUACUUUGCUGGCCAGAUUUGUAAGGGACAAGACAAGGCUUGGUAUGACAAUUUAAAGAAACCCAGUUGGAUUGCACCAAAAUAUGCCUUUGCACCAGCAUGGACUGUGUUGUACAGCAGUAUUGGAUAUGCAUCUUAUUUAGUUUGGGAAGAGUGUGCUGACGAACCAGAACGCGCUAUAGUACCAUUAUCUCUAUAUGGUGGUCAGCUGUUGCUGAAUUGGGCAUGGACACCCAUCUUUUUCGGAUUGAAAGAUCUUAAGUUGGCCUUCAUCGAGAUUUCGGUGCUGUCCGGAGCGGCUACAGCUACCGCGAUAUCAUUCGCGUACGUGAAUAGGACUGCGGGCUUGCUGUUGGUACCAUAUCUGGCGUGGCUCGGAUACGCCACCUCCCUCUCAUACUAUGUGUGGAAAAACAACCCUCAAGUGAAGGAGAUCAAGGAUGAUGAAAAAACCAAGUAAACAGAUCUAAAGGCGUUUUACUUAAAUAUAACGAACAAUGUGUUCUUUUCUUAGUCUUUACAUCGACUUUUGAUUUGAGAAUUAUAACAUUUUUAACUACCUUAUUCGUAAUUUGAUACCGAAACCAUUUAUUUGUUACAUAAAUUUCUGUCUAUUUUAAAUAAUUAUUAAUUCUCAAAUCAGAAAUUGACCGUUAGUGUCUAUAAGCAAGCCUUGAAAAGUAAUAACUAGUCUAUUGAAAAACAAAUUUUGGAAUUAACAACACUAAUAUUUAUAUUAACAUCACAUAGAAUAUCUUUUUUUCUUAAGGCAUAAAUUUUUGAAGUCGCCAAGUAAAUUAAUUGCUAAAAUUGGUGUAAAGCUGAAAGGCUAUUCUUUGCCUUUCUAAUUGUGUCAGUAGUGAUAUAUAUUGCAUUCAUACAAAUAAUUAGAUUAUAAUAAUUAUAUUUGCUUUUUGAAUUACCUAAUGUAUAGUAUAUAUAUUUGAUAAAUAAUCCAGUGAGAUGUAAGUCUAUUAAGUACAUUGAGCAAGUCACUACAUUUUUAAUGCAUUUUGCAAUUUAUUAACAGUAUUUUAUUAUUAUAAUCGACCCAUAAAUUGUAUGGUUUUAUAUAUUAUUUAUUAGCAAUAUUUUGUUAAUAACUAAAUAAGAUUAUGUUUACGUAUCAGUAUUUAUUCAUUAUUGCACCUAUAAAAAAUAUAACGUUUAAUGUUUUAUGAAGAAUUGUUAUAUUUUUGAAGUGACUUGAGGCGACAAUAGAGAACCUCUCAGCAGGUAAAUGAUUGCAAUUGAAAAAUUGUAGAAAUAUUGAAAUCUCUUGUGAAACAGUGUGCUCAUUCCGGUUAUUUAUAUAAUUUAUAUUAAAUGUGCGUAGUAUAAUGUGUAUCUGUAUUAUUUGGUAAAUAAUUUUGACUUGAAUCUUGUAAACGAAAUUAGCGAUGUAAAUAAGUAAAGCACAUAAGUGUAAAGCUUGUUAAAAUAAAUUAACUAAUAAUUGACAAUGCUUAAUAAAAUAAUUGUCUAACAUAUGGACCUUUUUAUUGUUGCAAAUUGUUAAUUUUAUUAGGUAAGUGUACCAAAAAUCGGGUGGAAGUGCAAUCGAAGUAUAUUGUAAAAGAUAAUUAAACAUAGGAAUUUGCACACUGGUGUUAAGAAUAUUAAUUUUAUUAAAUUAGUAUUGUUAGUUGGUUUUGGCAUAUUUAUUAGUUUGUAAUCAUUAUCUAUAUAAUUCAUCCUAGACUUAAGAUAUAAGUGACCUUUUGAGCACAAUUAUUGUUAGCAUUCCUAAAGCAUUUACUAAAUAAAAAUACCUACGUAGGUACUUUGAUCUAUUUUCGAUGUAUAUAUUAUAGUUUGUUGUUAACUAUGCUUCUUUUCGAAUAUUUUGUUUCAUGUUAUAAUAAAACUGCAUAAUUUUAGCA